UGACUGGUUGCGAGGGUAGUGGUCGUGGCUGUGUGGUGGAAGAAGCAAGUGCUUCCUCUGGUUUGCUUGCUACUAGAUGUAGUAGCAACAUUCUUAUCAUAUAUCUGUCAAGCGUGCCGCCUUACAUGCAGGCGUUUAACAAUUUCCUCAUUUUGUUUUUUUUUUGCAUAGUUGCACUGCAAGCCAGCUUGUAAGGUGAAUCUAAUCUUGUCUGAAAAAGCAUAUUUGAUUGUAAAAGGGGCACGAAAUUUCGAUGCCAUCCCCAAUGGAGGGAUCUUCCACAGAAGGUGACCUGUUUACUGUGAAACAUGAGCUGAAAAAUGCCAACCUGACUGGCCAUGUGGAGAGGGUGGGCAUUGAAAACUUUGAGCUUCUAAAGGUGCUGGGCACUGGAGCAUAUGGCAAAGUGUUCCUGGUGAGGAAAGUGAGCGGCCACGAUGCGGGGAAACUGUACGCCAUGAAGGUUUUGAAGAAGGCCACAAUCGUGCAGAAGGCAAAGACGGCUGAACACACGCGGGCGGAGCGGCAGGUGCUGGAGCACAUCCGCCAGUCUCCAUUCCUCGUGACGCUUCACUACGCCUUCCAGACUGACACCAAGCUGCACCUCAUCCUCGAUUACGUAAAUGGUGGGGAGCUUUUCACACACUUGGUCCAGAGAGUACGGUUUAAGGAGCAAGAAGUAGCCCUGUACAGUGGAGAGAUUGUGUUGGCUCUGGAUCAUCUGCACAAGCUUGGGAUCGUAUAUCGGGACCUUAAACUCGAGAAUAUUCUACUGGACUCAAGUGGUCACAUAGUUCUCACAGACUUUGGUCUUAGUAAAGAGUUUGACCAGGCAGUAGACUGGUGGAGCCUCGGUGUGCUGAUGUAUGAGCUCUUGACUGGUGGAUCGCCUUUCACUGUCGAUGGAGAUGAGAACUCACACACCGACAUCGCCAAGAGGAUUUCCAAAAAGGAUCCCCCUUUUCCCAAAGACAUGGGACCACUGGCCAAAGACCUCAUCCAGCGACUCCUCAUCAAAGAUCCAAAGAAGAGAUUAGGCUCAGGUCCUAAUGGAGCCGAGAAUGUAAAGAAACACCCGUUUUAUCAGAAAAUAAACUGGGAGGACUUGGCAGCGAAGAAGGUACCUGCGCCGUUCAAGCCGGUGAUACGGGACGAGCUCGAUGUCAGCAACUUCGCUGAUGAGUUCACAGAGAUGGACCCCACCUACUCCCCCGCAGCUCUGCCUCAGAACUGCGACCGUAUCUUCCAGGGUUACUCUUUCAUGGCCCCUUCCAUCCUGUUCAAGAGGAAUGUGGUGAUGGACGACCCAGUCCAGCUGUGUGGGGGCUCGGAGAGGCCCGGCUCUGCUGCCGUGGCCCGUAGCGCCAUGAUGAAGGACUCACCUUUCUACAUGAGUUAUGAGAUGGACCUGAAAGACAGUGCUCUUGGAGAAGGUAGCUUCUCCAUCUGUAGACGCUGCACACACAAGAAGACCGGACAGAAAUACGCCGUCAAGAUCGUGAGCAAAAGGAUGGAGGCACAGACUCAGCGGGAAGUCGCUGCCCUAAAGCUCUGCGAUGGCCAUCCUAACAUUGUCAAGUUACAUGAGAUUUACCACGACCAGCUCCACACAUUCCUGGUUCUGGAGCUGCUUGGUGGAGGGGAGCUGCUGGAGAGAAUCCGCAGGAAGCAGCAUUUUAGCGAAACAGAGGCCAGUCGCAUCAUGCGCAAACUGGUGUCUGCCGUCAGUCACAUGCAUGACGUAGGAGUGGUGCACCGGGACCUUAAACCAGAGAACCUGCUCUUCACAGACGAGAGCGAGAACUCCGAGAUAAAAAUCAUAGAUUUUGGCUUUGCUCGUCUCAAACCACCAGACAAUCAGCUUCUGAAGACUCCCUGCUUCACCUUGCAGUACGCUGCUCCAGAGAUACUCAAAUACGAUGGCUAUGAUGAGUCCUGUGACCUGUGGAGUCUGGGAGUUAUUUUGUACACCAUGCUGUCCGGACAGGUGCCUUUUCAGUGCCAGGAGAAGAGCCUGACCCACACCAGUGCAGAGGAGAUUAUGAAGAAAAUCAAACAGGGAGAUUUCUCCUUUGAGGGACAGGCCUGGAGGAACGUGUCCCAGCAGGCUAAGGACCUGAUUCAAGAGCUGCUGACGGUGGACCCAAGCAAAAGGAUUAAGAUGUGUGGUCUUCGUUACAAUGCCUGGCUCCAGGAUGACAGCCAGCUGUCCUCCAACCCACUCAUGACCCCGGACAUUCUCGGCUCCUCCACUGCCUCCGUUCACACUUGCGUCAAAGCUACCUUUAAUGCAUUUAACAAAUGUAAGAGGGAAGGUUUUCGCCUACAAACUGUGGACAAGGCGCCACUUGCCAAGAGGAGGAAGAUGAAAAAGACAAGCACCAGCACAGAGACCCGCAGCAGUUCUAGUGAGAGCACCCAUUCUUCCUCCUCUUCCUCACAGUCUCAGGAGAAGAAUUUUCCAGAGGGGGAAGCCAAUGCACAGCCCUCCGACAGCACUCCUGUCAAAUCACCGACAGUGGUGGGAACAGACUCGGGGCUCCAGCCAGCACCUUCAGCCUUUAACUUUUCUAAAGGACAGUGAGACCGCGAGAGGGAAAAUCUUGAUUCAGUCUGAUGAGCCGAAGGCUAGCUCCUACCGGUGCACAGACAGCUCUCUUCUCUUCGUCUGUCCCUGGCAGCUCUCUGCCUCUGGUUCGAUUGCAUGGAUGCCCGCACAUCUCCGAAAACCAAGCAUGCAGCAGGAGCAGCAACUGUCCCUUCAAUAUUAAUCAAUCAUCAUUAGCAAUAGUCUGUCCUUUCUUUUCCUCCAGUUUACACACACAGACCGUACCAAUCAGGGACCGGACCUAGAAGAGGUUGUCACAGAGGGAAAAGGGCUGCCCCCCCCCCCCCCCCCCGGCCCCACAGAAAAAGGGGGGGGACAUCUUCAGUCUCACGAUAGAACGGGUCCUCUCCGGUCACACGUCUUCGCUCGUGUCUCCAGAGGUUUUAAAGGGAAAGUUUACACCAUGGAUGCUUUGUACUCUUCAUAAAGGGGAAGAGAGAAAGGACCUGACAAAAUCAUAGGCCCACUUCUCUUCCCCGGGACAUUUCUGCAAGGUGGAUCUGAAUAUUUAUAUGUGAAUUUUUACAGACUGAAAUUUAUUUAUGAUAAGCUAUAUUGUUAAAUUAUUUAAUAUCCUAAAAGAGAAAAGUGGAUACAGUGAGUCUUUAAAAAAAAAAGCGUUUUGUUUGCGUAUGUGUGGUUUCCUGUCAGCCCUUUGUAUUUAUCAUGCUCAUCAAAGCAGCUACUCAUCAUUCAGACACACUUAUGUAAACACUGUAAGGUUAUUAUUGACAAAAAAAGAGAUUAAAACCACAAGCUACUGGCUAACGCUUUGUUAAAUAGAUGAAACCUGAUUCCUUUGUUACUUGCUGAGGCUGGAGAACUUUUGAGAUUUGAACUACAGCUAUUGUAGGUGAUUUAAAAGAAUAACACUGCUAUAUUUCUGUGAGAAGAGAAGGAAAUCUUAAGAUUCAUGGUCUGAGUAUCCACAUUUUAUUGCUGGAUAGGGAAUACUGCUGCCUGCAGGGAUCAACCAUACAAGCAGUUAUUUUUAGACUUGUUUUUGCCUCUGAUGUGGGAGUAGUACUACUUUAAGACUCUGCUCAGAUUCCAUCCCUCAGGCCAGUGUUUAGCCCAGCGGUGGAUUUGCUUUGUGGCGUCCCGUGUUAGAUUUAAUUGUCACUACAUCCCUUUGGAUUGGUGGAACGUCCUAAAUGGAAAAUCCAUAUCAGCUUAGUGUAAGGUGAAGUUGAGCGUUGCCAGAUUGCACUUUUAAAUGGCUUGUAUUUUAAAUAUAAGAAAGAUUAAAAAUUAAGGAGGGUUCUUUUUGUGCCAAAUUUGCCACUGAAUCAAGUACUAGUCAAACUAGUCAAGUUUAAAGAUGACGGUAUUUAUUACAUCCUCGCCGGACAGCAUAGUGUUAAAAGUUGCCCCCCUUCUGUCACUGUCUCAAGUCUUAAAACGACAGCAAAACACCUGCUUUUAAAAAAAAAUGUCGUUCUAAUGAAUGAACGGAAUCCUUCAUUUUUCUUGCUGUUCUGGUUCCGGUCACUGUGGCGCUGCAUGAGUGAAGCGCUGUCGCUGUGUGACGGAUCUCUGGUUUGUGUUACGUCUCCAGUGCAUGAUGUGAGCUAGAAAACGUGCCCCUUUAGUGCGCUUUUGUCUUUAUGGGCUUUAAGGACCGCGUAAAAUCUGACUUUUACGUGGUCUGCUGUCUUUUUACUUGCACAUAUCGGAAGACCCGAUUUAAGAUAAGGACUUUACAUUUGCCGUUUUGAAUCGUGAUAGAUAUAGCAAACCCCUUUUUACAAUAGCCUAAAUAUUGUAAUACCCCAGUGUUACUGCAGUAAAUUUGGGCAGCCCGUUUCAGUGCAAAUAGCUGAAAUGUUGUGUUUUGUUGAUUCUUAGAGGGGUACUUGUGUUUAAAAAGAUUUUCCUCUGUUCAGUCAGAACGCAUAUUCUUAGACUACUGUGUGCAUCGUCACACUCGUCUCAUCUUCUUCCAUUUCGAUGCACUCUGAAUCCGAACCAAAGCAUUGAUCGAAAGGUAGCUGCUUUAAGCUGCAUGAGAUAUUUCUAUUCAUGCACAUAUGCAAAGAAAUGCUUGAUUUCUAAAAGUUUACCCUUCUUGUUUUGUCCGGUUGGUGAUAGCAGCCCUGAUUACUUUGACAGCGCACAGUGUUUCCCUUAGAGGAGUCCCCAUUGGAUCCGUAUGACUUAUAUUCAUUACAUUUUCAUGCCGAAAACUAUGCAUCUCUUUUCUUCUGCUGUGUUGCUAUUUCCUUUCCAGAGAGUUCUGAUCGAAUUAAAUCAAAUAUAGAGAUAAAAAGGGCAUAACACGGUGUAGUUGUGUAUAUGUUUAUAUAUCAAAUAAAUAACAAAAUAGGAUCCAUUGCGAAUAAAAGAGCUGGAAUCCUUCGAGCUAAACACUACAAAGCGCUUGUCUAAGUUAGUUCGCAUGAGUUCCCUAUUUCUGCCUCAUUAAGCCUCCUCUCUUUUGUUUGGGUGUAUUAAUAGCUCAAGUGGAGGAAGAGGAAGAGUGUCCUAUAUUGAGGUCUCCUCUGGGAGCCAGGCUCUAUUAGCCGAUGUGCUCCACUGCUGUUUGUUCCAAAGAAAAUACCACUCUCUACUCGGCGUCUCUGUGGGACCACGCUCGCUUUCUUUGUUGGGAACAUAACGGGGCAUCAGAGGGAACGGCAUGGCUCAGUACCAGUGUCUCCUGGGGAAGAUUCUCAAACUAGGUUUCUCCCCUCUGAUUAGCAGCUUAUUUGCCGUGCCACUACGAGAUGGAAAGGGGGGGGGCUUGUUUUAAUUGGAGGCCCCGUUUGUCUUUGAUACACUUAUAAUCGUUUUCCUGGAAUCUUAAGGAAAGUUCUUUCUCUGCCUCCCGUGCUUUGACUUUUUUUUUUACUUAAGGUUGACGAUAUCACAACUAAUGAGCUUAAACCUUUAAAUGCUUUUGAAAUGUAUAUAAGAGGGCAGGUGGCUUGAAUUCUUUUGUGUAAAGCAGCAACGUCCCUUUUGGCGCCCUUCUUCUUUUCCCCUUUCAUUUUAUUUGAUUUUUUUUCUCCUUUUUUGAUGCAGAGCUGUCCCUGGUGCUGAAGUGUUGAAAUUGCCGGUGUUGCUUCAAAACCAACUUUCCUCCCCCCCCUCCCGGCACAAGUUGGUGCAAAAUUGUAAUCCUUUAACAAAGCGACUCUUGGCCAGCCUGGUCUCAUGUAAAAGUCACUGCUCGCCAUGCUGUGUCACAUGGUGUGGUCGUCAUCCAUGUUUAGUGGUAUUUCACGGCCCAUUUCAUCGUGUGUGGUGUAACUGUGCCCAAACAUUUAAGGCUUUUAAGGUGUAAAAGGCCACGCCCGAGCUUUUAAAUAGGAAAUACCAAUCCUUUGCUACGUCCAGGCACAUGGACAUCCACUGGUCGGUCCUUGUCUCGCCCAGCUGGACCAGAGCAGGCCGAAACGGGCGACGUUAAAAUGUCUCAAUCAUUGUGUUGCCUUUUGUUGCCCUUUGUAUUCCUCCAAUUAAAGUUGGUGGCAGCCGCCGUGUUCCAGUGUUUUAAUUGUAAAGGUAAACGGUGAUGAUGCUUUUGCGUGAGCAGGUCGCAAUGACUAGCAGGACUGCGUCCCGAGUUCCCUCUUCGUGUUCAUGCUACCGCGUGAUUCCUGUCAAUAUUUUGUUUGUUGUGUUGUUAUUUGAAGCGUGUCAAAAAAAAUAAAAUAAAAAUCAGUACUGUAGCAGCAGAUCCCUUUUGAGAUUGGUCAAUACUAAACUGCUUAAAAAUGCAAUGGAGCUUUCAGGGCAAAACUCUGCACCUCUACACUGUUGUAAACAUGCAAAGGAUUGUUUUCAGUGUUUGUUUUAAAGUUUUUCUGUGGGUUCAAAUCUUAAGUUGUCUCUUUUUGUCAUGGCUCUCGUUUCCACAUUUGAAGAUGAUACUAUAAUAUUAACCUCAAAAAGUUAGAACUUUUGCUUACAACUAGGAUGUACCAUGUGCUUACCUGUUUUCGUAGGUCACUGUGAAAAUCAGCAUUCAGGUCUUUAGGCACAUAGAUGAUAGUCUGUGGAGUCCUUUAUGAUUUGCUUUAGUAAACGCUUUACUAGCUGGCUGACUACAUUUGUACUUUUAGUAUACCGGAUAAAUAUCAUGGUGAGACUUUCAUUUAAGUUUUGGCUUCAUUGCAUCUUUAAAUAUAUUUACAUUAUUACUGAAAAUAUUUUGUAUGUGCGUUUUCCUGUUCGUCUACUGAUUUAUUUAUUUUUGACUAAUAAAAUGGG